AUGCCUAUCGACAAGGGCACUGAGAUCGAAGUUGUAUCUUGGAUCUUUGGCAGCAUUGCCAGCCUCGCUUUGGUGCUUCGGCUGUACACUAGAAUAUGGCUGACGCAGAAAGCUGGCUGGGAUGAUGGUUUCAUUAUUGUCUGUUUGACGAAUGCUCUUGUAUGCUCUGGCUUGGUACAGGUCGGCAUAAAAUAUGGCCUGGGGAAGCACUUGACAGAUAUUGCGGACGAAGAAGCCAGGAUUCAAGCAUUCAAGUAUACGGUGAUCGCACCCAAGUUCUCAGUCAUUAGUACCACAACAGGGAAGAUAUCUGUCGUGAUAUUUUUACUGCGCCUGAUGGGCCAGGCGGCCACUCCAAGCAAGCGAUGGUUCUUAUACGCCCUAACUAUAGUCUCGAUCAUUUGGGACACAUUAGCCAUUGUGGCUAUUAUAGGUUUCUGCCGACCGGCGGAACAGAUAUGGCGCCCUGAGACCCCGGGGAAAUGCUUCAGCUUAGGCUUUCAACUAGUGCUUGGUUUCUCGCAAGCCGCCUUUAACGCCUUCGCGGAUUUAGCUCUUGCCAUAUUUCCUAUCGCAGUUUUCUGGCACGUUCGACUGCCAUUGAAGAUCAAAUUCGGAGUUCUGGCAGUGAUGGGAGCGGGAAUUUGGGUCCUGGGCAGAUAUUACUGUGUGGUAUACGUGAGUUUCACCAUUGUUCCAUUGGACUGGCGCUCACUUAUGUCUAACCAUAUGUAUCUCAUCAUUAUUUGCGCGACCUUGCCGACCCUGCGUCAAUCGUACACGGCCCUUGUUCAUCGAACCCGCCGCUCAACGUCGGGCUAUGAGUUGAGCGGCCCAAGUCUCAAGCUGAAGCCCAUUCCCUUUGUACGCCGCAUGCCGGACCAAUCGCUCUUCGAAACACAUAUAGAUGCGUCCAAGGCGCAAGAUGGUACGAGUAGCCAGGAACACAUUCUUCGAGUAGAAGAGGCGCACCGAUCAUAUAUCGUGAAGACCAUGGAGUUUCGUUUCCAUGAACAUGGAAGGCAUUGA